AUGAAAUUAAGAUUAUUAAAUAUAAUUUUAUCAAUAAUAAAUAAACUUAAUAAUAAUAAUAAUAUUAAUAAUAAGAAAUUAUUAUUAAAGAAUAUAUUAUUAGAUAUAAAUAAUAAAAGAAUAAAUAAUAUAAAAACAAUAUUAAAAAAUAAUAAUAUAAAUAUUAAUAAUAAAUUACAACAUUUAAAUAAUAUAAAUAAUUGAAAUCUACAAAUUUAUAAUUAUAAUAAAAAUAUAGAGAUUAUAAAUAUUAUAAAUGAUAAAUUAAUUAAUAAAUUAUUAUAUAAAAUAAUAACAUUAAAAUUAAAUAAUAUAAAUAUUAAUAAAAUUAUUAUAAGUAAACUUAUUAAUCAACAUAGUUUAAAUAAAUUAAAUAUUAAAUUUUAUUAUUAUUAUAAUAAUGAUAUUAAUAAUAUAAAUAAUAAUAAUAAUAAUUAUUAUAUAAAUAUAAUAAAUAAAUUAAUAAAUAUUAUAAAUAAUAAUAUAAAUAAUAGUUUAUGUAAUAUUUUAAGUUAUUAUUAUAAUAAAAAAGUAACUAUUGAAUCUAUUAAAUUAUCAUAUAUUUAUUUAAAUAGUGAUAUUUUUAGUAAAUAUAUUAGUUUAAAUGAUAUAAAUAAAUAUAAUAAUGGUAUUUUAACUAAUUAUCAACGUAUAUUAAAUAAUAUUAUACCUAAAUUAAAUGAUCAUAAUAUUUCUAUAAAUUAUAUUAAUAAUAUUAAUAAUAUUAAUAAUAAUAAAUAUAAUAAUAUAAUUAAUUUAUUAAAUAAUAAUAAUAAUAAUAAUAAUAAUAAUAAUAAUAAUAAUAAUAAUUAUAUUGAUAAUAUUAAUAAUAUUUAUAAUAAUAUAACUAUUGAUAAUAUUCCUAUAGAUAUUUUAAUAUAUAAAUAUUUAGUUGGUUGAUCUAUUAAAUUUAAAGGUAGAUUAAAUAAUAAUAAUGGUAGAACUAGUACACUUAAUUUAUUAAAUGGUACUUUUAAUAAUAAAAAAUAUUUAUGAAGUAAUAUUAAUAAUAAUUAUAAAUUAAAUUAUAUCCCUUCUAAUCAUAAUUUAUAUAAUAAUUCUAAUAUUAAUAAAAAUGGUAAAUAUAAUAUUAAAGUUAAAUUAAACUUUAUUUAA